CGUUCUCCAAUGCAUGUAAUCCCUGACUUGACCACAAUUAGGCCUCCUUCUUCGGCCCCCGACGAAGUAAUCCGGGUAGACUUUAACAAGCUUUUGACAGGAGAGUCGUACCUCAGCUCUUCCAGCGCACAGCCUCGAGUCUUGCUGCUGCAGAGUGCUUUUCCGCGGAUGCUGCAGCCAACGCCGUCCUGUGGGGGGCUAGGUCUUAAAACCCGUCGGAGGACCACGUCCGCACCCCAUGUCUCUCGCCACGACGAUACAACCCCCGAGGCGCUUUUCAUCCUUACACGCGGUGUAUCAAUGUUGGCCGUCAUGCAUCGGCGGAAGUUCUUGUGCCGGUAGUGCAAAGGCGUGGGGCUUGAGUUGUUAUAAACCUACAGAUAUCCCCGUUGAAGCACAUGCAGAGAUGGGCCGCAAGGAAGACGACUAUGUGUGGAAGAAGGACACAGAUAACAUCCAGAAUGUCUUUGAGCUCAUGGAGGAGUUGGGAUCGGGAGCCUUCUCAGAGGUGUACAUGGUGAGGGAGAGGAAGACCGGCAAGCUGUUUGCCAUGAAGUGUGUGAAGAAGAAGCAGAAGAGGGACCUCAACCUGGAGAACGAGAUCGCUGUGUUGAGGAAGAUCAAACAUGAGAAUGUUGUGGGACUGGAGGACUUCUAUGAGAGCCGAUCCCACUACUACCUCAUCAUGCAGCUUGUUUCCGGCGGUGAGCUCUUUGACCGCAUCCUGGACCGAGGCGUCUACUCGGAGAAGGACGCCAGCAGGGUGAUCCAGCAGGUGCUGCAGGCGGUCGGCUUCCUGCAUCAGAGUGGGGUGGUUCACCGUGACCUCAAGCCGGAGAACCUCCUGUACUACAGCCAGGAUGAGAACUCCAAGAUCAUGAUCAGUGACUUUGGCCUUUCCAAGAUGGUGGACAACGGCAUCAUGUCAACAGCCUGUGGGACUCCGGGAUAUGUGGCUCCAGAAGUGUUGGCCCAGAAACCGUACAGCAAGGCAGUGGACUGCUGGUCCAUCGGUGUCAUCACUUAUAUUCUGCUCUGUGGAUAUCCCCCUUUUUAUGAAGAAACCGAGACACGGCUUUUCUCCAAGAUCAUGAAGGCACAGUACGAGUUUGAUUCCCCCUUCUGGGAUGACAUCUCUGACUCUGCUAAAGAUUUCAUAAGCCACAUGAUGCAAAAGAAUCCCAGCAUGCGCUUCUCUACAGAACUGGCUCUCCGCCACCCCUGGAUCAUUGGAGAGACAGCGCGGAGCCAGGACAUCUACCAGUCGGUCAGUGUUCAAAUCCAGAAGAACUUUGCAAAGUCCAAGUGGAAGCAAGCGUUCAACGCCACCAUGGUCAUCAACCACAUGAAGAAGCUCCAGGCGGCCAACUCGGACACCGUCGCCAAGAAGGCCGACGUGCCUGACAUAGUCGUCGACGUCUCCUCGCCCUGCGGGCUACGCAAGAGCCCAGACCCGCCAUGUGCGGGCCCCACGGUGCGGCAGGUCAACGGCAACGUCCCCGGCACGGACCACAUGACCCUGCCGCCCAGCCCCAACGAGCUCAGGAGCACCUUCCCCCUGAAGACCUCCCAGAGCCACAUCGAGCCACACCACACGCCCAGCAUAGCCACGCAGGGCAAGCACGCCUACCACUCGGAACCGGCCAACCUCAACGGGUAUGGUAAAAACAACAGUGGCAAGGUGAUGCAGACUGGAGUGUGUGCGGUCAUGUGAAAGUCCAGACCCAACAUCGAAUGAUGAACACUUUAUUAGGUCAUUCUCCCUGAGGUGGCACAGCGUGAAGCUGGGUGGUGGCAGCUGCUCGUGAGGCUGGGUUGGUUGCCUCCAUGGGUAUUAUAUAUAUAUUUUGAAUAUACUUUUUAUUUAUCCCCAUGGGGAACUUCAUUCUCUGCAUUUGACCCAACCUAUGCCCAGAGCUAGGCGCAGUGGGGGCCUGCCUCACAGGGCGGCCCCCGGGGACCACCUCGAGGUGUGGGGCCCUUGUCUUGUUUAAUGGCCGGGCGGGAGGGUUAACCUGGAUGUUUAUUUGUCUACUCUUCUGCGAGUAGAGCGGGGCCCUCACACCACCGGUAUUCAGAUUGAACACUGAGCCCUCAGACCAACGGUAUUCAGAGUGAACACUGGGCCCUCAGACCAACGGUGUUCAGAGGGAAGAGUUGGCCCCUCAAUCCAGCAGUGUUAAGAGUGAAGAGAGGGCCCCUCAGACCAGUGACUUUUGGGGGGAAGAGUUUGACCCUCAGACCAGCGGUAUUGAGAAUGACACUUGGGCCCUCAGACCAGCAUUUUACAGAGUAAAGAGUUGGGCUCAUUAAGAGUGAAGAAGCCCUCAGACCAGAGAUCUGUGAAGCCUCUCCCAAAGCACAUACGUAACACAACCUCUCACACACAUACACACACACACUCACAGUAUAAGCUUAACAAAUUAUGAUGCUUCACUGUUAGACAGUGUAAUGCUGAGUUUCCAUCUGUGCUCCCACUUGUUGCAGGGCUACAGUUCUACUGAUUUCUCUAGACGUUGCAAACACAAUCCCUGACAUUUGUAAUGUAAAGUGUGAUCUUAUUUAAAUGUUGUAAAAAAACCUUGCCCAUAGAGAUGGAUACCUUGAGCAAUUUCCUUGUUUGAAAUGUUUUGAAUGUUUGAACGUUUAAGUGGCAAUCUCAAAUAUUUUCAUGUAAAUAUUUGAUAUGUUUGUUAAGUCACCAAUUAUCGCCGAAUGAGAUAACACAAUGUUGAGUCUACUCUGUAACCCCUGAUGAAAGCCCUUCCGUUUGCAGUAUUAUUUUACGAGCUGGGUGUCAGUGGUGACUGUUACUCUGGCCAACGCUACCACUUAUCGCCAAGGGUGUCGCCAUAGGGUACAAAAGAUUAAUCUUCUAGAUUCCAGAUUAUUUAAGACUAUGACCAUUAAAUAUGAUAAAUGUCUUGAAUUUUUUUUGCCGUUACUUUAUAAUCCAAUUGCAUGUUUAUCCUUUGUGUGCAUGUUUGUAACCCCUUGAACUGAACCUUUUGAAAUAUCUAUGGCUGUGUGGGAUCUGACCCUUUAUAGUUUUUAGUUAUACUGAUGAUAAUGGUACUGUUUUGUUUAAUUUAUGUGAACGUGUGCUACUAUUUCAAAUAAAUAUAGAAAAAGGCACGAUACAGACAACAGCUAACCCUCAUAUCUAUGAAUUUAGCAUUUAAUUAUUGCACUGCAUCAAAUAAUAUUGCAAUUUUGACAAUUCAAUUCUCUCUAUCUCUCACCAAUUUGGGAAUAUAUAUUUGUAAACAUCUAGGUAUCACUGAGGCCAUUCUAACAAGGUGGUACUCUUUGGUUCUGUGUUUUUUUGUGUGUCAUGAGAUGUGUGUGGCUUUAUAUUGUUCAAACUGAUUAAUUGUAUUAAUGAGAGAUGCACAAUGCUCGUCGAAUAAAGACAAUACACGUUU